AUGGAUCCUCCAAACCCAAACCGACUUUGCCAUGACGUUUAUUCCACAAUCCAAAACCCUAAUUCCCUUCCCAGUGCUCCAGGUUUCGAUUUGAUAUUCCAUUUGUUACUGUCGUUUCCGGACUCAUCCUCGCCUUCGUUUGACUCGCCGUCCUCCAUUGAUCAAUUGCUCGACAAAGCUCUCGCCUCCGCUUCCUCCGAUGACUUGGUUCAGAAUAGCAUCAUCGAUCGUACCAUCAAACUCCAGUUGCUUCUUCUCGAGUCCACUAGACGGUGCUUCCGCAAGCGAGCUUCACUUCACAAUUCCAAUUCUUGGUUACUUCCUCCAGAAAUCACUAUCAAGGUGUUUUCGAAGCUUGAUACAAAGUCUCUAGUGCAAGCCAUGUCAUGCUGCACCAUGUUCCAAAAAUGUGCCAUGGACCCUUUCUCUUACUCUCACAUCAACUUGACUACUACCUCUGUCAGCAAAGUUGAUGAUGAAGUUGUGCGUACCAUGAUCUGUCGGGCUGGAAAAGAACUCAGAUCCCUUGAACUUGGUCAUGUUGUUCCCCCAUAUAAUGAUGUCUCUACUACGCCUUUGCUUACCGGAAAAUGUCUUGCCCCGCUACCCGAUAAUGAUGGGUUUAUCGGGUAUUGUCUUGAAUUAUUGAUAUGA